GCUUUCUCCGGACGCGUGCGCAGUGCGGGGCCGCCGGAUUUGUGGGGUAGGGGGGGGUCCAUCGCGGUGGCGGCGGCGGCGGGCAGGCGACAACAUGGCCGAUGUUGUUCAGAACUAGAGUGCAGAAACGAAUGGGAAAAUGAAAGUCGACAGAACGAAGCUGAAGAAAACGCCAACUGAAGCGCCUGCUGACUGCCGAACUCUGAUUGAGAAGCUGAAGGCCUGCAAUGAUGAGCAGCUCCUGACGGAACUUCAGCAAAUCAAGACAUGGAAUAUUGGAAAGUGCGAGCUGUACCACUGGGUAGACCUGCUGGAUCGGUUCGAUGGAAUUUUGGCAGAUGCUGGGCAGACUGUGGAAACAAUGUCCUGGAUGUUGGUAUGCGACAGGCCAGAAAACGAACAGCUCAAAGCUCUCCUCCUGGCUGUCUUAAAUUUCACCGCUCUGCUCAUUGAGUACAGCUUCUCACGGCACCUAUACAGCUCUAUUGAGCAUCUGACUACCUUAUUAGCAUCAUGUGAUAUGCAAGUGGUGCUUGCUGUAUUAAAUCUACUGUAUGUGUUCAGCAAGAGAUCCAAUUAUAUCACUAGACUCGGAUCUGAGAAGAGGACUCCUCUGUUAUCAAGGCUACAGCACUUAGCAGAGAGUUGGGGUGGAAAAGAGAAUGGAUUUGGCCUUGCGGAGUGCUGCCGUGACUUACAGAUGUCGAAGUACCCACCUAGUGCAACAACACUACACUUUGAGUUCUAUGCAGAGCCAAGUGCCGAGGUGAAGUUGGACAAAAAGGCCACAGCGAACAACACACUACACUACAUUCACAUAGAGCAGUUAGAUAAGAUAUCUGAAAGUCCCUCUGAAAUUAUGGAGUCUUUAACCAAAAUGUACAGUAUCCCAAAAGAUAAGCAGAUGCUACUGUUUACACACAUACGGCUAGCACACGGCUUCUCGAAUCAUAAAAAGAGACUGCAAGCAGUACAGGCUAGGCUACAUGCCAUCUCAAUAUUAGUUUACUCCAAUGCGCUCCAAGAAUCUGCCAAUAGUAUAUUAUACAACGGUUUGAUAGAGGAACUGGUGGAUGUUCUGCAGAUUCCAGACAAACAACUGAUGGAUAUUAAAGCCGCUUCUUUGCGGACAUUGACGUCGAUAGUUCAUUUGGAAAGGACGCCCAAGCUGAGCAGCAUUAUAGACUGCACAGGGACAGCAUCGUACCAUGGCUUCCUCCCGGUGCUGGUGCGGAACUGCAUCCAGGCGAUGAUUGAUCCAUCGAUGGAACCAUAUCCUCAUCAAUUUGCAACAGCGCUGUUCUCCUUUCUGUAUCACCUGGCCAGCUACGACGCUGGUGGCGAAGCCUUGGUCUCCUGUGGAAUGAUGGAAGCUUUACUCAAGGUGAUCAAGUACCUCGGCGAUGAGCAGGAUCAGAUCACUUUCGUGACCAGAGCUGUCCGAGUGGUUGACCUCAUCACCAACCUGGACAUGGCAGCCUUCCAGUCACACAGUGGAUUGGCCGUAUUCAUCAACAGGUUAGAGCAUGAAGUUGAUAUUUGCAGGAAGGAGUGUCCUUUUGUCAUUAAGCCAAAGAUUCAGCGAUCAAGCACAACUCAGGAGGGUGAGGAGAUGGAGACCGAUUCUGAAGUUUCAGAUAUUGUGAUGGAGAGCAGUCCUGGCCCUUCAACUUCGACUGAGGCCAGGCCAGAGGCAGAGCCACGUGGGCCGAGCGCUGCCCCAAGCUACCCACCAAGAGCUGGGGUUCAGUGCAUCCCGCAACGAGCAGCCCUGCUGAAGUCCAUGCUUAACUUUCUGAAGAAGGCCAUUCAAGAUCCAGCUUUCUCGGACAGCAUUCGGCAUGUAAUGGAUGGGUCCCUGCCUACCUCACUAAAGCACAUCAUCAGCAAUGCAGAGUAUUACGGGCCAUCACUGUUCCUACUCGCGACAGAGGUGGUGACUGUGUUUGUAUUCCAAGAGCCAUCGUUGCUGUCGUCUCUGCAGGAUAAUGGACUGACAGACGUCAUGCUUCAUGCCUUGUUGAUAAAAGAUGUACCCGCGACCCGUGAAGUUCUGGGUUCUUUGCCGAAUGUGUUCAGCGCACUGUGCCUGAAUGCCCGUGGGCUGCAAUCUUUCGUGCAGUGCCAGCCUUUCGACCGUCUCUUCAAGGUGCUGCUGUCUCCCGACUACUUGCCUGCGAUGAGGAGACGUCGCAGUUCGGACCCGUUAGGUGACACGGCAUCCAACCUUGGCAGCGCUGUGGAUGAGCUGAUGAGACACCAGCCAACUCUGAAGACUGAUGCCACUGCUGCAAUCAUUAAGUUGCUUGAGGAAAUCUGCAACCUGGGAAGAGACCCCAAGUACAUCUGCCAGAAACCUUCUAUCCAGAAGGCGGACGGGAGUGCCACUGCUCCUCCACCUCGCUCCAAUCACGCUGCCGAGGAAGCAUCCAGUGAAGAUGAAGAGGAGGAGGAAGUUCAGGCCAUGCAGAGCUUCAGCAGCAGCAUGGCUGCUCAACAGAGUGACCCUGAACCCAAUCAGCAGGUGGUUGGCACGGAGGAGAGGAUACCUAUCCCACUGAUGGAUUAUAUACUGAAUGUGAUGAAGUUUGUUGAGUCGAUCCUGAGCAACAACACAACCGAUGACCACUGUCAGGAGUUUGUGACCCAGAAGGGCCUGCAGCCUCUCGUCUGCAUCCUGGGGCUGCCGAAUCUUCCCAUCGACUUCCCCACUUCUGCUGCUUGCCAGGCUGUCGCAGGGGUGUGCAAGUCCAUUCUGACACUAUCACACGAGUUGAAGGUGUUGCAGGAAGGUCUUGUUCAGCUGGACACCAUACUGUCAUCCUUGGAGCCACUGCACCGACCUAUUGACACCCCCGGUGGUUCUGUCCUCCUGCGGGAACUGGCGAAUGCUGGCAACGUGGUUGACGCCACGCUUUCGGCCCAGGCCACGCCACUGCUGCACGCUCUCACUGCAGCACACGCCUACAUCAUGAUGUUUGUGCACACCUGCAGAGUGGGCCAGAGUGAAAUCCGUUCCAUAUCUGUGAACCAAUGGGGCUCUCAGCUGGGCCUGAAUGUCCUGAACAAGCUCAGCCAACUAUACUGCUCGCUGGUGUGGGAGAGCACUGUCCUAUUGUCCCUUUGUACCCCAAACAGUCUUCCAGCUGGCUGCGAGUUUGGCCAGGCCGACAUGCAGAAGCUGGUGCCAAAAGAGGACAAGCCUGCCACUGCUGCCACACCAGGUACCUCCACUGGAGCGAAGCGAGCAGAAGCAGAAAUGGAUGCUGCAAACAGUACAGUGGAGGCGUCAGCUCAGGGGCUCUUGGAGGGGAUUAGCCUGGAUGGAGACACCCUUGCACCAAUGGAAACGGAUGAACCCAGCACCUCCGAUGCCAAAGGGAAGUCCAAGAUUACACCGGCCAUGGCUGCGCGGAUCAAGCAGAUCAAACCGUUGCUCUCGGCCUCCUCGCGGCUUGGCAGGGCGCUGGCCGAACUCUUUGGCUUGUUGGUCAAGCUGUGUGUCGGAUCGCCCGUGCGACAGAGACGGAGCCACCACCCCGCCAGCACCACCACUGCGCCCACCCCGGCGGCACGAGGGACGGCAUCCGCGCUCACCAAGCUCCUGACCAAAGGCUUGUCGUGGCAGCCGCCACCGUACACACCAACCCCCCGCUUCAGGUUGACAUUCUUCAUUUGUUCCGUGGGCUUCACGUCGCCCAUGCUGUUUGAUGAGAGGAAAUAUCCUUACCACUUGAUGCUUCAGAAAUUCCUGUGCUCUGGAGGACACGAUGCCCUGUUUGAGACCUUUAACUGGGCCCUCUCAAUGGGUGGGAAAGUACCGACCACCGAAGGCCUGGAGCACAUGGAGCUUCCAGACGGUACUGGUGAGUUCCUCGAUGCCUGGCUCAUGCUGGUGGAGAAGAUGGUGAAUCCGACGACAGUCCUGGAGUCUCCGCACUCGCUCCCGGCCAAGCCAGCUGGAGGCCAGAGCAUCCCGCAGUUCAGCGCGCUGCGGUUCUUGGUGGUCACCCAGAAGGCCGCCUUCAACUGCAUCAAGAAUCUGUGGAACCGCAAGCCGCUGAAGGUGUAUGGCGGCCGCAUGGCCGAGUCGAUGCUGGCGAUCCUGUGCCACAUCCUGCGGGGUGAGCCAGUGAUCCGGGAGCGCCUGUCCAAGGAUAAAGAGGGCAGCAGGACAGAGGAGGAAGGACCCCAGGAAGAAGGCACGGCACCAAGGCGUGAGCCGCAAGUGAACCAGCAGCAGCUUCAGCAGCUGAUGGACAUGGGUUUCACAAGGGAGCAUGCCAUGGAGGCCUUGCUGAAUACAAGCAGCAUGGAGCAGGCCACGGAAUACCUGUUAACACACCCUCCGCCACUUCUAGGAGGAGCUGUACGUGUGAGGGAGCUCAGUAUGUCUGAAGAGGAUCAAAUGAUGAGGGCAAUAGCCAUGUCCCUGGGGCAGGAUAUUCCCAUGGACCAGAGUACAGAGUCGCCAGAGGAAGCGGCCCGUCGCAAGGAGGAGGAGGAACGCAAGGCCCGCGAGAAGCAGGAGGAGGAGGAGGUGAAAAGCCUGGAGAGAUAUCAGGACGUGGCACCCCUUGAGCCCGACGAGCUGAACACCUUCACAGAGAAGAUGCUGCCAGGCUGCUUCCACCUUCUGGACGAGUUACCGGACACGGUGUACAGGGUUUGUGACCUGAUCAUGACUGCUGUCAAACGCAAUGGGGCUGACUACAGGGACCUCAUCCUCAAGCAGGUGGUUGAGCAGGUGUGGGAAGCUGCCAAUGUCCUCAUCAAAGCGGCGCUCCCCUUGACCACGAGCGACACCAAGACGGUGGCAGAAUGGACGAGCCAGAUGGCCACUCUACCUCAGGCCUCCAACCUUGCAACCCGGAUCCUUCUCCUUACCCUCCUGUUCGAGGAGCUCAAGCUGACCUGUGCCAGGAUUGUAGAGACGAGUGGCAUCCUGGACGUCUUGAUCAAGCUGCUGGAGGUGGCGCAGCCUUGUCUUCAGGCUGCCAAGGAACAGAAAGAAGUGCACACGCCCAAGUGGAUUACUCCUGUCCUGCUGCUGAUCGAUUUCUACGAGAAAAUGUCCGUGUCCUCCAAGAGGAGAGCGCAGAUGAACAAGUAUCUGCAGCCAACUGGGAAUAACUGGAGGUGGUUUGAUGAUCGAUCUGGGCGUUGGUGCAGUUACAGUGCGAGCAACAACAGCACCAUCGACGCAGCCUGGCGGGCAGGAGAAACCAGCGUGCGGUUCACAGCCGGCCGGAGGAGGUACACCGUGCAGUUCAACACCAUGGUGCAGGUGAACGAGGAAACCGGAAACCGACGGCCAGUGAUGUUGACCCUGCAACGCCUGCCCCGGAAGGAACCCAGCUGCAAGGGCAGCGGCAGCUCCCAGUUUGUGCAAGACUUGGAGAAAACCCUUGAAGAAGGGAAGGAACCCGACCCUGAGACAGAGGCCAAAUCCAAGGAAGAGAAGGCCAACGAUGUGGAGCCUGUCCCCGAAGCCACAGCAGAGAAGGAACCUUGUGAAGAAGUUAAAGCAAACGACAUUGUCAUCCAGGGACUGACAGAAGAGCAGAUGACAGUGCUAAUCCGGUCAUGUGUCAGCAUGAUCAGUGUCCCAGUGGACCCCGACACGCUGCACGCCACCCUGCGGCUGUGCCUGCGCCUGACCCGUGAGCACAAGUGUGCCCUGAUGUUCGCAGAGCUGGGCAGCACCCGCAUGAUCCUGAACCUGACGCAGGGCUCUGGCUUCAACGGCUUCACACCGCUGGUGACGUUGCUUUUCCGGCAUGUGAUUGAGGAUCCCUGUACGCUCAAGCACACCAUGGAAAAGGUGGUGCGUUCGGCCGCUACCAGUGGGGCAGGCAGCACGACCUCUGGCGUGGUGUCCGGGAGCCUGGGAUCUAGAGAGAUCAACUACAUCCUGCGAGUCCUGGGACCGGCUGCUUGCAGGAACCCCGAGAUAUUCACGGAGGUGGCCAAGAACUGUAUCAGGAUAGCCCUGCCUGCACCCCGUGGCAAUGGGACUGCCUCUGACGAUGAGUUUGAGAACUUGCGCAUCAAGGGCCCCAAUGCAGUGCAGCUGGUCAAAACGACGCCGGUGAAGCCAUCCCCGCUCCCAACCAUUCCUGAUACCAUCAAAGAUGUCAUCUACGACAUGUUGAAUGCACUGUCGGCCUACCAUGCACCUGAUGACGCUGAGAAGGUUGAGGUGAAGCUGGUGAGUGUGAACCAGGAGCUCAGUCAGUUGCUGCAGGACGUGGGAGAUGACAUGUACCAGCAGUACCGCUCGCUGACACGGCAGGGCAGUGACUUCGACUCACAGCAGAGCUUCACCAUCAACACCCAGGUCUUUGUUGCUGAUGGUGCAGCGACUGAUUCCAAUCAGGCUGGCACAUCGCAAGGAGAGGGUUCCACCCCAGAGGAGAACCGGGAUGGCAAGAAGGACAAGGAUGGGGACAAAGCCUCGGAGGAUGGGAAGCAGAAGGCAAAAGCCAGCAAACCACUCAUGCCGACAUCCACUAUCCUGAGGCUGCUGGCCGAGUUGGUGCGCUCAUACAUUGGCAUUGCCACCCUGAUAGCCGGGUACAAUUAUACAGCUGGCCAGUCUGAACUCAUUAAAGAGGAUUGCAGCGUCCUGGCUUUUGUCCUGGAUCACCUUUUACCCCAGACCCAGAAUGUGGGAGAUAAAGACACACCAGCACUGGCCCGGCUCUUCUUGGCCAGUCUGGCGGCAGCGACGCAGAGCACUGAAGCACAAGCUGCCUUGGUCAAUGAGGUCAAAGCGGCCCUUAGCCGAGCGCUGGCUAUGGCGGAGAGCACAGAGAAACACGCCAGGCUGCAAGCUGUGAUGUGCAUCAUCAGCACCAUCAUGGAGUCAUGCCCAUCCACCUCCAGCUUCUACAGCAGCAAUGCCGUCAAAACGCAACACAAUGGCAUGAACAACAUCAUCCGACUGUUCCUGAAGAAGGGGCUUGUGAACGACUUGGCCAGAGUGCCUCACAGUCUCGACUUGUCCAGUCCCAACAUGGCGAACACGGUGAACGCUGCACUGAAGCCUUUGGAGACGCUUUCUCGUAUCGUCAACCAGCCGAGCAGCCUCUUUAGUAGCAAGAACGCCUCGAGCAAGAACAAAUCCGAGCAGGAUACGCACAUCACGAGCGGUGAUGCUAAUGGCAACCAGCCAGAUUCUGGAGAGACUGGAGAGACUGAGACACAGGGAGACCAGGCUCCCACUGGUGUGGCAGACACUGAUAUUAUGGAUGGAGAGACUGAAGCAGACACAGUGGUGAUCACUGGGCAGACGGAAGUCCUAAAUGCCCAGGAGAUGCAGGUUGAGAACGAACUUGAGGACCUUAUCGACGAGUUGCUGGAAAGAGAUGUGGAGACUGUGAGCAGCACGAUCAUCGCUUGCAGAAGUACUGAGGAUGAGUCCCAGGAGGAUGUGUUGAUGGAUGAGGCUCCCUCAAAUCUCAGUCAGGCGCCCACCCUGCAGGCUAACCGAGAAGAUUCAAUGAACAUCUUGGACCCUGAUGAUGAAGAGCACACACAAGAGGAAGACAGCAGUGGAAGCAAUGAAGAUGACGACGACAGCCAGGAUGAGGAUGAGGAAGAGGAGGAGGAUGAAGAUGAUCAGGAUGAUGAGGAAGGCGAGGAAGAGGAGGGAGAUGAGGACGACGAGGAUGAGGAGGGUUCAGAAAUGGAGCUGGAUGAAGACUACCCCGACAUCGAUGAGUCGCUUGUCCGCUUUGACAGGGAGGACGACCUGAUCAUCGAGUUUGACAACAUGUUCUCCACCGCAGCGGAUAUACCCCCCGCCCCAGGUAACAUUCCAGCCACGCCACUUAUGGUUCGGCAUGCGGAUCACAGCGCGCUGACGCUGGGCACAGGAUCCUCCACUACCAGGCUCACGCAGGGUAUAGGGCGCAGUCAGCGGGCAAUCCGGCCAUUUGCUGCCAACACGGGCCACACCAUCCAUGUGCACUACCCUGGUAACAGGCAGCCGAACCCUCCCCUUAUCCUGCAAAGGUUGUUGGGGCCCUCGGCUGCUGCAGACAUCCUCCAGCUGAGCAGCAGCCUACCGCUGCAGAACAGAGGCCGAGCCCGGCUCCUGGUUGGUAAUGAUGAUGUGCAUAUCAUCGCCCGGUCAGACGACGAUCUCCUAGACGACUUCUUCCAUGACCAGACAGCUACCACCAGCCAAGCAGGUACCCUGUCUAGCAUCCCAACUGCACUCACUCGCUGGACUGAGGAAUGUAAAGUGCUGGAUGCAGAAAGUAUGCACGACUGUGUGGCAGUGGUCAAGCUUCCUGUCAUCCAGCACCUGGAGUCACUGCGUGAUGAGGAGCUGGAGGAACGGAGAGAGAAGCGAAGGAAGCAGCUGGCAGAGGAAGAAGCCAGGAGAGAGGAGAAGGCGAAGGAAGAGAAGGAGAACAAGGAGCAGAACGCGUCGCAGGCUGUGGGCUCCACCAGAGCUGCCAACUCGUCUGUUCAAGGUGACAAGAGUCAAACAGGUGUGAGCUCCAGUGCCUUGACUGCCACAAAUGAAGCCAUCAGCAACAUGGCCGCCUCGAUUGCUGAAGCGGCGCUGGAAGCCAUGAGGACUCAGGGCCAGUUAGCAGACUCCGAGCACCCUGUCGUCGGUUCCACUGGGUUGGAUACACCACGGCUGGACAACCUGCUCCCAGCAUCAGCUUCGAUGGAGGGUGCUCCCGCUGCGGAGAGCCAGCCCCUGGGCAUUCAGGAGGCACAACCGCAACCUCUGGCCCCACUCCAACCCGGAGGCCAGGCCUCAUCACUGCAGCUGGCUUCUGCUGAGGAGGUGGUGGCACAGUCCCUGAUGCCCAUCGAGACAGUACCCGACAGACAGAGUGGGGAGGCCGAAGCCCUGCAGAUGGAAAUGUCGCCAGCACCAACAACAGCCUCCCAGUCUCCAGAGAGAGUGGAAGCUUCGGACGCCCUAGUGACAGUGGGCAGCCAGCUGGAGGGCUCCCCCAUGGACACAAGCAGCCCGGUGUCUGGCAUGUUGGAGGAGACACCGGCAGAGGGCCUUAGUGUGGGAGGCGGUGAGCAAGGGAGCAGGCCAACGACUGAAGACGCAGGGGUGCCCCCCUCAGAGUCAGCAGGCUCCGCAGAAGGUCAAGCAGAGCCAGCCCCAGCUGGAGACCAGAGUGUCUCUUCCUCUAUCCCCUCUGUGGCCUUGCCUGCCAGAGACGCAGUGCCAGGGACUGGAAUAACAGCAGCUUCUGACGGGCAGCCAUCCACCACAAACAGUGAGGAGGACCCACUUGCUGGGAUUAGCUUACCGGAGGGUGUGGACCCAUCCUUCCUGGCUGCCCUGCCUGAGGAUAUCCGCCGUGAGGUUCUCCAGAACCAGCUGGGGAUCCGGCCGCCGAACCGUGCAGCAGCCACGGUGGCUGCCUCUGCCGCUGCAGCCGCUGCUGCUGCCGCUGCCACGCUGGUUGGUAACCAGGGUGUCACAGAGGUCAGCCCGGAGUUCCUGGCCGCACUCCCACCAGCCAUUCAGGAGGAGGUACUGGCCCAGCAGCGAGUAGAGCAGCAGCGGAGAGAGCUGGCACAGACGGCCAACCCUGACACUCCGAUGGACCCCGUCACCUUCAUCCAGACGCUGCCUUCCGACCUGCGGCGGAGCGUGCUGGAGGACAUGGAGGACAGCGUGCUGGCCGUGAUGCCACCGGACAUCGCGGCUGAGGCUCAAGCCUUGCGCCGGGAGCAGGAGGCCAGACAGCGGCAGCUGAUGCACGAGCGCUUGUUCAGCCACAGCAGUUCGUCUGCACUCUCCGCCAUCCUGCGGAGCACAGGCUUCACCGGGCGCCUGGGAGGAAACAGAGGGGUGCAGUACACGCGCCUGGCCGUGCAGAGAAGCGGAGCGUUUCAGUGGGGGAGCAGCACCCACAACAGGUACACCACGCGCAACACAUUGGCAGGACCCAGGUCCCACGACAGGGCGUCCAGCAGCAGCAACGUGGAUAGUUUGCUGCGACUGCGAGGGCGCCUCCUACUGGACCACGAGGCACUAUCCUGCCUGCUGGUGUUGCUGUUUGUGGACGAGCCGAAGCUGAACACCAGCCGCCUGCACAGAGUCCUGCGCAACCUGUGCUACCACACGCAGACGCGCAACUGGGUCAUCAAGAGCCUGCUGUCCAUCCUGCAGCGCAGCAGUGAGAGCGAGCUGUGCAUAGAGACCCCCAAGCACCCCGAGGAGAAGGGCAAGAAAGCCACCAAGCCUGGUUCUGGCGCGCAGUCUACCGCCGUCGCGGCCCAUGACCACCGGCCGCUGGACCUGCUGCACAAGAUGGAAGCCAAGACCACUAGCCAGCUGUCCUGGCUCUCUGUGUCCAUGGAUGCUGCCCUGGGCUGUCGCACCAACAUCUUCCAGAUCCAGCGCUCCGGUGGGCGCAAGCACUCGGAGAAACAUGUGGGCUGCGGCUCCACUGUCCACAUCCACCCUCAGGCUGCCCCUGUGGUCUGCCGGCACGUCCUGGACACCCUCAUUCAGCUUGCUAAGGUCUUCCCAAGCCAUUUCACGCAGCAGAGGACCAAAGAGGCCAGCACCGAAACCGAUAAGGAGAAGUUGAAUAAGCAGUCGGCCAACAGCCCGUGCCUUGGUCAGCCAGUGGGCGGAGGGGGUGGAGGCGGAGGACCCAGCCUGGGCAUCUCCACAGACUUCUGGGACUUGCUGGUCAAGCUGGACAACAUGAAUGUCAGCCGGAAAGGCAAGACCUCGGUGAAGGCCACUCCAUCCUCCAACAGCGAGGGCGAGAACGGCCAGUGCAGCCUGGAAUCGUCACCCCUCGGCCAGCUGAUGAACAUGCUCUCGCACCCAGUCAUCCGGCGCAGCUCGCUGCUGACAGAAAAGCUUCUGCGGCUCCUCUCACUCAUCUCCAUUGCGCUGCCUGACAAGGCAACAGAGGUCGCAGUUAACCACGGUGGCACCACUGAAGUGACCCUGGUUGGCUCCGUCACAUCUCCUCCAAAAGCAGCCAAGUCUCCAGCCAAAGCCACACCAGAAGGAGCAGCAGGUACCAACGAGAGCAAGAUCCAGAGCUCUGGCUUGACGGAAAAACAGUUGCAGCUUUCCGUGGAGGUGCUGACCUCGCACUCGUGUUCAGAAGAAGGCCUUGAAGAUGCUGCAAACAUCCUACUGCAGCUCUCCAGGGGCGAGCCAGGAACCAGGGACACUGUCCUGAAACUGCUGCUCAGUGGAGCCCGCCAGCUGGGAUACACACUCUGCCAGCAGAUAGGUACCUUACUGGCCGAGCUGCGGGAGUACAACCUGGAGCAGCAGCGGAGAACCCACUCAGACGGCCCUUCUCCCGACGGAACGCCGGACGACCACCCCCACCUGACAAAGCUGAAAGGGAAGAUGCAGAGCCGGUUUGACACGGCGGAGAACGUGGUCAUCGUGGCCUCGCACAAACGCCCGCUGGGUGGCCGGGAGCUCCAGUUGCCUUCCAUGUCGAUGUUGACGUCCAAAACCUCCACGCAGAAGUUCUUCCUCCGCAUCCUGCAGGUCAUCAUCCAGCUUCGGGAUGCCACCCGGCGGGCAAACAAGAAAGCCAAGGAGACGGGGCGGCUAGGAACCUCAACGAUGGGUUCGGCGAGCAGCAUCCAGGCAGCUGUGCGGCAGCUGGAGGCUGAGGCUGACGCCAUAAUACAAAUGGUACGUGAGGGUCAACAAGCCAGAAGACAGCAGCAAACAGCCAUGUCUGAGGCGAACCCAGCAGAAGGAGCUUCUCGAAGAGACGAAUCUCCCAUGGACGUGGACCAGCCGUCACCAGCUGCUCAGGAGUCACUGUCGCUUGGUUCUGACGGAAGCCAAGUGAGCGAGAAGGAGAAGGAAGAAGAGAAGCUGCCUGAGUUGCCGCUGUUGAGUGAGCAGCUGAGCCUGGAUGAGUUGUGGGACAUGUUGGGCGAGUGCCUGAAAGAACUGGAGGAGUCACACGACCAGCAUGCAGUCCUUGUGCUGCAGCCCGCAGUCGAGGCCUUUUUCCUGGUCCACGCGACAGAGAGGGAGAGCAAGCCUCCUGUGAGAGACACGCGGGAGAGCCAACUUGCUCACAUCAAGGAUGAGGCACCGCCCCUCUCUCCAGCUCCCGUCACUCCAGCCACCCCUUCCUCCCUGGACCCGUUCUUCUCCCGUGAGCCUUCCUCCAUGCACAUUUCCUCGAAUCUGCCCCCGGACACACAGAAGUUCCUGCGCUUUGCAGAAACACACCGAACGGUGCUGAACCAAAUUCUGAGGCAGUCGACGACACACUUGGCAGACGGCCCCUUUGCAGUCCUUGUGGAUUACAUUCGCAUCCUCGACUUUGACGUCAAACGCAAAUACUUCCGUCAAGAGUUGGAGCGGUUGGAUGAAGGAAUCCGAAAGGAGGACUUGGCGGUGCAUGUGAGGAGGGACCAUGUCUUUGAGGACUCGUACCGGGAGCUCCACAGGAAGUCCCCGGAAGAGAUGAAGAACCGGCUGUACAUUGUGUUUGAAGGGGAGGAGGGGCAGGACGCUGGAGGCCUGCUACGCGAAUGGUACAUGAUCAUCUCGAGGGAAAUGUUCAACCCCAUGUAUGCGCUGUUCAGGACGUCGCCAGGAGACCGCGUCACGUACACUAUCAACCCAUCGUCACACUGUAACCCCAACCACCUCAGCUACUUCAAGUUUGUGGGGCGCAUCGUGGCGAAGGCUGUGUAUGACAACCGCUUGCUGGAGUGCUACUUCACCCGCUCUUUCUACAAACACAUCCUUGGCAAAUCAGUCAGGUACACAGACAUGGAAAGUGAAGACUACCAUUUUUACCAAGGCCUGGUCUACCUGCUGGAGAAUGAUGUUUCUACACUGGGCUAUGAGCUCACCUUCAGUACAGAGGUGCAAGAGUUUGGAGUGUGUGAGGUACGGGAGCUGAAACCGAACGGAGCGCACAUCAUUGUAACUGAAGAAAAUAAAAAGGAGUACGUCCAUCUGGUUUGUCAGAUGAAGAUGACCGGUGCGAUCCGGAAACAGCUGGCUGCUUUCUUGGAAGGCUUUUAUGAGAUUAUUCCAAAGAGGCUGAUCUCCAUUUUCACUGAGCAGGAGCUGGAACUUCUCAUUUCCGGUUUGCCAACUAUCGACAUUGACGAUUUGAAAGCGAACACUGAAUACCACAAAUACCAGAUUAACUCUAUACAGAUCCAGUGGUUCUGGCGGGCGCUGCGUUCCUUCGACCAGGCUGAUCGUGCCAAGUUCCUGCAGUUUGUUACCGGCACCUCCAAGGUCCCGCUCCAGGGCUUUGCAGCCUUGGAGGGAAUGAAUGGCAUCCAGAAGUUCCAGAUUCACAGAGACGAUCGCUCGACUGACCGGUUGCCCUCGGCUCACACUUGCUUUAACCAACUGGACCUCCCAGCCUACGAGAGCUAUGAGAAACUGCGUCACAUGCUGCUGCUCGCUAUACAGGAGUGUUCGGAAGGAUUUGGCCUUGCCUGAAAGCUUCAGAUCGAAGGAAGGAAUGAAUGAACGAGCAAACGAUCGGCAGAAGAUUGAGAAAUAAAAGGCAGUGCGCAGUGGGAGGAUAUUUUUAACAAGACUAUAAAAUGUGCUUAACUUGGGUCUCCUCGGACUGACCUUAGUAGACUUGCUUUAAAAAAAAGGUUACGAGAAGGCACUGCCUGUGCUGAGUGGAUUUCUAGAGUGAGCGCUUCACACAGGGACAAACAAUAUGGACUUUGAAAUUUUUUUUUGUUUUCCCCCAAAUCCUCCUCCAUCACUCUGUUAAAUUGCGUCAUUUUUACAAGUGUGUGUGCGUAUGCAUGUGUACAUGCGUACACAGAUGCCUGCACGCGCACGUUCUUGGAUUGUCUUGACUUGCACAUGGGAAGGAUCAGUGGGUGGUGGGGGGGAGAAGAGGAUUUUUUAAAAAAAAACAGAAUUCCAACAUGAAAAUAAUUGGCUCCGGUGUUGCUAACUCGGUAACAGAGACCACUUGUUUCAACAUCACUUUUCACUAUGCUGUUUGUCUCGUUCUUUUGUUUAUCUCUGUAUCCAUGCAAAUAUUGAAGAUGUAAAUAAAUAUUACAAGUUUUGAUCCACAGGUGGCCCUAUUCAGCAGUGGAGUGAAGACCUGCCGGCAAGAGGUCAAGGGUUAUAUUUGUGAAUCAUGGCAAGGCGUUCGCUUUUAACCAGAUCCCCCAUUUAAUCGCACAGUGACACAUGAGGCGUGCAUUGUGACGCGAGUGGGAGGGGAGAUGGGGUGAGGAAGAAAGCAUAAAGUUGUAAAAUAUGUGCAAAAACAAAAAAGUCACAGCCAAGUUCAUGCUUUUUUCAUAUUUAUUCGUUUAGAUUUUUUGGAAAAUUCUGGAAUAAAUAAAAAGCUGGUUUGAUUCACUUCAACAUUUGAAUGUUUAAAAAGGAGGGUGCGAGAGAGAGAGAGAGACCUAAGAAAGGGGAACUUCUGGUUCUGAUCUCAGAAUUUCGAGUGCGACCUCUGUCCUUUUUUUGCCUGUGUCUUGAUAUCCAAGUAUGCAAGAGGGAGGGGGUUCUGUUAUGCCCAUUAGUACUUUGGACAAAGGAAAAAAAAAUACAAAGAAGAUUCAUUAAAAGUUUAGUUUGAAAAA